UUUUACACGCAAGCCACGCUGUCCUUAUUAAUCUUCCACGCAUGACGGGCCGACUGGGAAACGUCGGUCCCAAUCUAUUAGCAAAAGUCUCAGCUGGGCCGAAGAGCUGCCUCUACCACAACCCUUUUUCUAAGCUGCGGCAGCCGUCAGUUCGUUCGACUGCUAGAUUCAUGGGUUCGCUUUCUGCCUUGAAAGAGCCGUUAGACUACCCAAUUGCUCGCAGAGACGACUCUGUCGUCGACGAUUACCAUGGCGUUAAGGUUGCGGACCCUUAUCGAUGGCUUGAAGAUCCUGAUGCUGAGGAAGUGAAGGAGUUUGUUCAGAAACAGGUGAAAUUAACUGAAUCGGUGCUUGAAAAAUGCGAAGCAAGGGAUAAGCUUCGCGACGAAAUUACCAAGCUUUUUGAUCACCCGCGUUACGAUGUCCCAUUCAAGCAAAACAACAAGUAUUUCUACUUCCACAACACUGGACUCCAAGCCCAAAAUGUCCUUUAUGUUCAGGAUAGUUUGGAAGGAGAAGCAGAGGUUUUGCUUGACCCCAACACGCUCAGUGAGGAUGGAACAGUGUCGUUGAGCACGCCGUCUGUGAGUGAGGAUGCUAAGUACUUGGCUUAUGCGCUUAGUUCCAGUGGCAGUGAUUGGGUGACCAUUAAAGUUAUGCGAGUUGAGGAUAAGUCAGCUGAGCCUGAUACUUUAUCAUGGGUGAAGUUUUCGGGUAUAAGUUGGACCCAUGAUAGCAAAGGGUUUUUCUAUAGUCGUUAUCCAGCACCCAAAGAGGGAGGAAAUAUAGAUGCUGGGACAGAGACUGAUUCUAACCUUAAUCAUGAGCUAUACUAUCAUUUUCUCGGUACGGAUCAAUCUGAAGAUAUUUUAUGCUGGAGAGAUCCUGAAAAUCCUAAGCACUUGAUUGAUGGCAGUGUUACAGAUGAUGGAAAGUAUCUUCUCCUGUCUAUUGGGGAGAGUUGUGACCCUGUCAAUAAACUAUACUACUGUGACAUGUCCUCACUUCCUGAAGGUCUUGAAGGUUUCAGGAAAAAAAAUGGCCCUCUCCCGUUUGUUAAGUUAAUAGAUCAAUUUGAUGCACAGUAUCAAGCCAUUGCAAAUGAUGACACAGUUUUUACUUUCCUUACCAAUAAAGACGCCCCCAAAUAUAAACUAGUCCGGGUAGAUCUGAAGGAACCAAGUAACUGGAUUGAUGUGAUCCCAGAGGCUGAAAAAGAUGUGCUUGAAUCAGCAUAUGCUGUCAAUGUUAAUCAAAUGAUUAUUAGUUACCUAAGUGAUGUGAAGUAUGUGCUGCAAAUAAGGGAUUUGAAAACAGGAUUGCUGCUGCAUCAGUUGCCAAUUGACAUUGGGUCUGUUUAUGGGAUUUCAGCACGGCGGAAAGACAGUGUUGCUUUUAUUGGUUUUACCAGCUUUCUUACUCCCGGUAUUGUAUAUCAGUGCAACAUUGGCACUGAGGUUCCAGAUAUGAAGAUAUUCCGUGAAAUUACUGUGCCAGGAUUUGAUCGCUCAGAGUAUGAAGUCACUCAGGUAUUUGCGCAAAGUAAGGAUGGUACCAAGAUCCCUAUGUUCAUUGUGGGCAAGAAGAAUGUUAAUUUGGAUGGAUCACACCCCUGUUUGUUGUAUGGAUAUGGUGGAUUUAACAUUAGUCUCACACCCACAUUUAGUGUGAGUCGUAUUGUACUUACAAGGCAUCUGGGUGCUUUUAUCUGCAUUGCCAACAUUCGUGGUGGUGGAGAAUAUGGAGAGGAAUGGCAUAAGGCUGGUGCUCUUUCCAAUAAGCAAAAUUGCUUUGAUGACUUUAUUUCUGCUGCUGAGUAUCUUAUAUCUGCUGGCUACACUCAGUCCAAAAAGUUGUGUAUUGAAGGUGCAAGUAAUGGUGGGCUUCUCAUUGGGGCUUGCAUAAACCAGAGACCUGAUCUUUUUGGUUGUGCUUUGGCUCAUGUUGGUGUGAUGGACAUGCUGCGAUUUCACAAGUUCACCAUUGGCCAUGCAUGGACAUCUGAUUAUGGCUGUUCGGACAAGGAGGAAGAGUUUCACUGGCUAAUCAAGUACUCACCACUACAUAAUGUACGAAGACCAUGGGAACAGCAUCCUGGUCAGCCAUUGCAGUACCCGCCUACUAUGCUAUUGACUGCUGAUCACGAUGACCGAGUUGUGCCAUUACACUCGUUGAAAUUAUUGGCAACAAUGCAAUAUGUUCUGUGCACGAGCUUAGAGAAGAGCCCCCAGACCAACCCAAUUAUCGGCCGCAUUGAAUGUAAGGCUGGACAUGGAGCCGGACGCCCAACGCAGAAAAUGAUUGAUGAAGCUGCUGAGCGAUUUGGUUUCAUGGCAAAGAUGUUGGGUGCAUCUUGGGUUGAGUAGCUUCUAGCGAUGGAAGGAGGAUAUGAAUGAUAUAAUCAACAUGCCCGCCGGGAAGAAUUCCAUUGCAUACUUAUUUUUCUUUACAAAAUUUUAUUUUAGUUCCCUUCAGCAAGAAGAAAUUAUUGAUUACAAUUUACAAUAAAUCUUUUUUACCAUGACAUGGGCCGUGCUGGCCCGGUGGUUAAAACUUAAAACCAUUGGUUGUUUGUCCAAUUUCUAAGAUAUAGGCCUCAGCUAAAA